AUGGGGCAAGACAAAACCAUGCGAGGCGAGGACGAAGAUCCCAUCCUUCGGCCUCGCCCCGCCCCAUUGCCAUCCCUAGCAGCAACAAUAUGGCUAGCGAAAUACCUGCAGAGACUUUCCCAAAGAUACAACCGAGAUGUCAAAGCUAGGGAAUUGAGUGCCGAAGACUUGGUGUUGAGAAAAGUUGUAGGGAAAAUGCGGGAUGCAAGUGUUGGGAAGUUAGCUCAAACUUGGGAGGGACCGUACAGAGUUACUAUCAUUGCAGGUGCAGGAGCGUACUAUUUAGAAGACCUUGAUGAGAGGCCACUUCCCCGGCCAUGGAAUGUCCACAACCUUAAGAAGUUUUACCACUGA